UUUAUUCACCACGCGCGCACACGCGCACGCGUAAUCGCUCUCCCGCGAAUAUAGCACGAGCGCGAGUUGUCAGUGCUGUCAGUCUCAGGCAGAACUUGGGGAAAGUGAGACAUACAUCUCUAGACAUCUAAAGCUUGUAACCUGCGCCUGAGGGAAGUUGGAGAGGAAGAGAGAGCGAGAGAUGGAUGAAGAAGAGUUCACCCCUUUAGACUGCCUUCUGUCUACAGGAACCCAGAGGAUCUGCCUGGUCAUCCUAAAUCAGCCUCUGGACCCUCACUUCUUCCAUGUGCUCUGGAAAAAAGCCGUGAUCCGAGCAUGUGCAGAUGGCGGGGCCAACCAUGUUUACCAGCUGACAGAAGGCCAGAGAGAAAGUUUUCUACCAGAUUAUAUAAGCGGAGAUUUUGAUUCAAUUACCCCUGAGGUCAAGACUUUCUACUCUGAAAAGAAAUGCAGGUUGAUUGAAACCGCUAAUCAGGACCUGACAGACUUCACCAAGUGUUUGGACCUAAUGCUGAAGGAGAUCAAGAAGCGACAACUGCAGGUGGACACUAUCGUUACACUGGGAGGCUUAGGAGGGCGAUUCGAUCAGAUCAUGGCUGCAGUGGAGACGCUUUUUCACUUUCAGAAGAUGGCAGAGAUGCCAGUGGUCGUCAUUCAGGGCUCCUCUCUGGCCUGUCUGCUCCGAGAGGGAAGGAAGCAUCAGCUGUAUGUGAAUACGGGUUUAGAGGGUGACUGGUGCGGUUUGAUCCCAGUGGGCGGCUCCUGUCUUACCAGCACAUCAGGGCUUAAGUGGAACCUGGAUAAUAAGAUGCUGGAGUUUGGGAAGCUCGUCAGCACAUCCAACACGUACGAAGAGCUGGAUGCCAACGACAAGAGAAAACCUGUGACCAUCAGCACAGACAAACCUCUCCUAUGGACUAUGGCUAUUAAAACAGAGUAAACUAAUACUUUUUUUUAAUGGAAAAAAAAAAAAGACAGUUCAUAUUUAUUUUCUUUGUUUUAUUAAAACUUACCACAAAGAAAAGAAAAUCACAAUAAACAGAACAUUGAAUCUACAAAUUCAGUCCCAGUCCGUCGUCAAGCGCAGUUCCAUGUUUUCAGUAACUGAAGAGGUUUUAGAUAGUGUUGAUUCAACCACCACUGUAAAAAGCAGGAACGAAAAAUCAGUCACACAACUGACUCAACUUUUUGUGGCAGGAUUAUACAAUAAAAAUAAUAAAAAAAUAAAAAAUAAAAAAACAAUUGUCAAUUUGCACACAGGUGACAUGUUAACAGCUUUGCGCCAGUCAGGUGCCGUACCUGCAGCUACACACACACGAGCUGCACAAUAUGACCAUAAAAUCAAUUAAUAUUAUGAUUAAUUGUCUCACAAUAUAAAUAAUAUAUAUUAUAUAUUUUUUUUAACGUCACCAUCUUCCAGAUUUGUUUUUUGUUUUUGCAUAAGAAUUUAGAUGGUUCAGUAUUAAACAUUUUUACUGAAAUUAGGUUGUCAGUGUUAAAUUUAAUAUUGUUAAAGCAUCACCAAAUUGCACACCUUCUCCUAUACAAUGUGAGACUGAGCAAACACCUUUAAAGCUACAUAGGCAACCCUGUGUUACAUAAGUGCCUUACUCAUUAUUGCUUAUUACUUAUUAUAUCUAUAAUAUACUGUAGAUUAUAUUAAAACACAAAGUAACAAAUGGUUAAUGUAACUUUGGCAAAGCGUCCUUAAGAUACCGGCUAUGUAUGCUCAGCUGAAGAUCCAAUAAACCAUGUAAUACUUUCUUUUU